UGUCAGGGAAGCAGGCUAUAAAAGUGAGAGGGACGGCACUUCGGAGGAUUGUGGUCCACACUGCACUGAACUUGUCACUUGUUGCUCAAAGAAGAACACUGCUGGGCCAUAAAGUUGUCUUAUAAUCUGCGAUUGCAAAACAAUUGCAGGGAUUGCAAUUCUUUUUUUUUUCUUUUUUUUUUUUUUGGGUGGUGAAGAAUCUCGCAGGCAGAAACCAGCAAACGGAUCGCGGCGAUGCUGGUUCCACGUGUGCUCCGCGCGGUGUUGUGCGUGCUCAGUUGCGUUUGUGCGUGCGUGGAAACCGCCUCGCGCCUCAAGUCUCACUCGCUGCCUAUCCAGUCUGAGAGAGAACCUCUGCCUUCUAAAGGCCUGUCAGGAUGCUCAUUUGGGGGUCGGUUCUAUUCGCUAGAGGACUCAUGGCACCCAGAUUUGGGGGACCCCUUUGGUGUCAUGCAUUGUGUCCAGUGCCACUGUGACCCUCAAAAGACUCGCCGUGGAAAGGUAUUUGGGAAAGUCAACUGCAAGAACAUAAAGCAGGACUGUCCUGAUCCAGACUGUGAUGAUCCCAUCUUGUUGCCAGGACACUGCUGCAAAACCUGUCCAAAAGGUGAGGAAGGCAAGAAACGAACUAAUCCGAUUCCGGACAGCUUUGAGUAUUUCCAUGAAAAGGGCAAAGGGAAGGAGGACGACCUGCACAAAUCUUAUAACGACAGAUCCUACCUGAGCUCGGAGGACAUGGGCCCGGAGGAGAGCCGCACUGACUUUGUAGCGCUGUUGACAGGAGUGACAGAAUCAUGGCUGCCAAGCUCCAGCGCAGUUGCCAGAGCUCGCUUCUCUUUGACCAGAACCAGCCUGGCCUUCUCCAUCACGUACCAAAAAAUGGCCCGUCCCAGUAAAAUCCUCUUCCUGGGUACAGAUGGCGCCGCUGCUUUUGAGUACAAAGUCCCCAAGGGACAGUCAGACAUGAUCUGCGGUGUAUGGAAAAACGUUGCCAAGCCUUUUCUACGGCAGCUGCAGAAUGAGCAGUUGCACAUAAGCAUGAGUGCGUCAACCGGUAGACCGGAGGAAGUGGAAGGGAAGGUCAUCAAACACAGGGCUCUGUUCGCUGAGACAUUCAGCUCAACGCUGACGUCAGAGGAGGAGAACGCAGGCAUGGGAGGCAUCGCCAUGUUGACGCUAAGUGACACGGAGAACAACCUCCACUUCAUCCUCAUUCUUCAAGGCCUUAUCAAAAACAAAGACAAAGGUAGAGGAAAACCCCUUCUGCUUCCCAUUCGUGUGCAACUGCUUUAUAGGCAACAUGUCCUGAGAGAGAUCCAGGCCAAUAUCACAUCUCAUGAUCCAGAUUUUGCGGAGGUGCUGACAGACCUGAAUAGCCGAGAACUCUUUUGGCUCUCUCGCGGGCAGCUCAAGAUCGCCGUGGCAACAGAGGGUCACCGUUCCCAGCAGAUCUCAGGAUUCAUUACUGGCAGAAAAUCCUGUGACACUAUCCAAAGCGUGCUGUCCAGUGGUGAUGCGCUGACUCCUGGGAAGACAGGAGGCACGGGCUCCGCCAUCUUUAACCUUCAUGAUAACGGCACGUUGGAUUAUCAGAUUCAAGUUGCAGGUCUUACCGGAGACAUGAUCGGCCUCACAAUCGAGUUGAAACCACGGCGGCGAAACAAGCGCUCUGUACUGUACGACUUAACGCCGGAGUACAAUAAGGCCACGGGAAGGGCAGUGGGCAGCUGGAGUCGCUUGGAGGCCCGAAGCAUUCACAUGCUGCUGCAGAAUGAACUCUUCAUCAAUGUGGCUACGGGUCAAAACCAAGAUGGGGAACUACGAGGCCAGAUCAAAGCACUGCCCUAUAGUGGCCUGGAGGCUCCGAGGCAUGAGUUGCCCACCCCUCUUGCCGGCCACUUUGUGUCGCCCCCAAUUAGAACCGGCGCUUCUGGCCACGCCUGGGUAUCGGUGGACAAAUAUUGUCACCUUCAUUAUGAGAUUGUUGUGGCUGGCCUCAGCAAGGCUGAUGACCUCACCGUGAACGCCCAUCUGCACGGCCUCGCUGAGAUCGGGGAGCUGGAUGACAGCAAUAUCAAUCAUAAGAGACUGCUGACUGGCUUCUACGGCUCACAGGCUCAGGGAGUGUUGAAGGACAUCAGCGCAGAAUUACUGCAGCACUUGGACAAAGGAACGGCCUUCAUCCAGGUCAGCACCAAGCUGAACCCAAGGGGAGAAAUUCGUGGAAGGGUCCAUGCGCCCAACAACUGCGAGUUUGGGAUUAAAGGGGACGUUGAUGAGGCUGAGUUUGACGACCUUUUUGUCAAAGAUCCCGAAAUGUUGAAGAAAGACCCUCAUACCUGCUCCUUUGAGAACCAGUACCACGCCCACGGAGCCAGCUGGACUCCCAACUAUGAUAAAUGUUUCUCCUGUAGCUGCCAGAAGCGAACUGUGAUCUGUGAUCCCGUAAUCUGCCCAGUGUUGACAUGUUCCCAAACUAUCCAGCCUGACGAUAAAUGCUGUCCAAUCUGUGAUGAGAGGAAGGACGCAAAGGACACAAAAGCUCUUGAAAAAGUGGAAGAAAAUCCUGAAGGUUGUUAUUUUGAGGGAGACCAGAAAAUGCAUGCCCCAGGAACGACAUGGCAUCCUUUUGUACCUCCCUUUGGUUACAUUAAAUGUGCCGUCUGCACUUGCAAGGGCUCAACAGGCGAGGUACACUGCGAGAAGGUGACGUGUCCACCGGUGACAUGCAGUCAUCCCGUGAGACGAAAUCCGUCGGACUGCUGUAAAGAAUGUCCGGAGGAGGAGAAGACACCCGGCGACCUGGAACACACCGACAUGAUGCAGGCGGAUGGGCCGAGACACUGCAAAUUUGGCAAGAACUAUUACCACAACAGCGACAACUGGCAUCCAUGGGUGCCCUUGGUGGGAGAGAUGAAGUGCAUCAACUGCUGGUGUGAUCAUGGUGUGACCAAAUGUCAGCGUAAGCAAUGUCCAGUGCUGACCUGCUCCAACAUCACUCGCAGAGACGGCUCGUGCUGUCCUGACUGCAUCGAUACGAGAGGCGACGAUGAACUCGUCAUGAAGGCUCUCGACAAACAGCCAAGCCAGACACUGACCUAACCCAGAACACUCAAAUAACCCCGAUGACGACUUUGCCAACCCUUCACCCAAACCCAGAGCUG